AAUAAUUGUCACGAAAGUCCACAUUUACCAAUUCCCUUUGGUUGCUUAGCAGUUUGGCUUUUUCCUCACCUUUUCCGUGGUUCAACCAGAAGAAAAAGCGCGAGAAAAUAAUCAUCCUAACUUUCCUAUCCUUCCCUUCCUUUCAUCCGGAAUUUUCUUUCCAUCCAAACACAUCACUCACCCACUCUCCCUGUGUCACGCGCGUGAAUUUAUCAUUUAAUUUUGUUUAUUUGUAGGGCUAGAAUAUAACAGUUCUAGCAGUGCUUGUUUUUCAAUAAAACGCGUGCGUUUUCAGCUAAUUAGGGUUUCAAUUGGCCAGAGUUGUCUAGUACGACAUGUUUUUCUCCGGCGAUCCAACCACUCGGAAGCGAGUCGAUUUAGGAGGUAGGAGUUCCAAGGAGAGGGAUAGACAGAAGCUUCUUGAACAGACGAGGUUAGAGCGUAAUCGUCGCCUAUAUUUGCGGAAGCAGAACCAGGCGGCGAUCAAAAUUCAGAAAUGCUUCAGAGGGAGGAAAGCUAUGGAAAUUGAACAUUCCAAGGUGCGAGAGCAGUUUUAUUCAACCUUUGGGCGUUAUCUCCAGAAUGUGGACAGGAAUUGUUUUGGUCCAGAUUCAGGGUUCCUCCGUCAAUUAUUCUUUUUCUUUAAUGCACGAAAUGCCAACGAUAUUACUGUCCUUGUGGAAACAUGUCGGUUACUUCAGCAUUUUGUUCAAGAUAGUGGUAAUAUUGUGGGCCUCUUUGCUGGCAUGGACUACUCAUCCAAGUGUGCUUUGAUAGAUUACAGAGUUAAGAAAUUCGCAUUCGUCUGUAUUCAGGCUGUACAUCAGAAUAGAAAUCAGCUAAAGGAUAAACUUUUAGUGAUUCCUGAAGACUCUGGCACUCUAUUGCUUGAAUCAGUAGUUUUGUUGAUUGAUCCUAAACUUCCAUGGGUUUGUAAGAUAGUUGGUUAUCUCUUGCAAAGGAAUGCGUUUACUCUGCUUAGGGAUCUUGUUCAUACGGUGAAGGAAAGUACAAUGACUUUCGCUCUCAGUUCUAAAAAUUUUUCAUUGGAGCAUGCGCUGAUCCUUAUGGUUCCUCACAUUGGUCGAAGUCCAUGUAUUUGCCCAGAUAUUGAUCCACGGUGGAGUUUCUCUUCGCAGAUUCUCACGAUACCAUUCUUAUGGCAUCUUUUCCCCCACCUAAAAGAGGUUUUUGCAACUGGUGGAAUGAGUGAACAUUAUGUACAUCAGAUGGCAUUGUGUGUGCAAAAUCAUGCUAAUGUACUUCCAAAUGAUAAUUCAAUUGAGUUACCUGGAUAUGCGUGUCUUCUUGGCAACAUAUUGGAAACUGCAGGAGUUGCUUUAUCUCAGCCUGACUGUUCAUUCGAAACGGCAAUUGAUCUUGCUGCUGUUACAACAAUCUUGAUGGAGGCACUUCCUUCUAUAAAGUCAUCGGGCAAAGAGAGUUCCUCAGUCAGUGAGGAUGAUAUGAUUUCUGGUGAUGAAUUGACGGAAAUAGUUUUGAAUAGGGAUUUGGAGCAGCAGAUAACCAAUGCCAUAGAUUCACGUUUUCUUUUGCAAUUGACAAAUGUAUUAUUCAAAGGGAUGCUGUUGGUAUCUGGUUCACAUGAUGAAGGACCAGAUGAUAAAGAGGUGGCUGCUGUUGGUGCUUCUUGUGCAUUUUUGCAUGUCACCUUCAACACUUUACCUUUGGAGCGAAUUAUGACUGUCCUGGCUUACAGAACUGAACUUGUUUCUUUACUUUGGAAUUAUAUGAAGCGGUGUCAUCAGAUAAAAAAGUGGCCACCCUUGGCGUAUCCCUCAGGAGAUGCACCUGGUUGGCUAGUACCUCUGGCUGUUUUUUGUCCAGUGUACAAGCACAUGCUGAUGAUAGUUGAUAAUGAGGAGUUCUAUGAGCAGGAGAAACCAUUGUCAUUGAAGGAUAUCAGACAUCUAAUUAUCAUUUUGAGAGAGGCCUUAUGGCAGCUCUUAUGGGUGAAUCCUACAUCGCACACUAAUGUAGGAAGAUCUGUCUCCAACCCCUCUGCUCUUAAAAAGUUACCAUAUGAAGUCAUUCAACACAGGGUCAGCAUUGUGGCCUCUGAGGUCCUUUCACAGUUGCUAGAUUGGAACAAUAGACAACAGUUUACACCUCCAAGUGACUUCCAUGCUGAUGGUGUCAAUGACAUUUUCAUCUCUCAGGCUGUAACAGAAGGUACCAGAGCUUCUGAAAUAUUGAAGCAAGCUCCUUUCUUGAUUCCAUUUACAAGCAGGGUCAAAAUAUUUCAUUCCCAGUUAGCAGCUGUUAGGCAAAGGCAUGGCUCUCAUGGUGUUUUUACAAGAAAUCGCUUCAGAAUCCGCAGGGAUCGUAUUCUGGAAGAUGCUUAUAGUCAGAUGAGUGCAUUGUCUGAAGAGGAUCUCCGAGCAGCAGUUCGUGUAACAUUUGUUAAUGAACUUGGUGUUGAGGAGGCUGGUAUUGAUGGCGGUGGAAUUUUCAAAGACUUUAUGGAGAAUAUAACUCGUGCAGCUUUUGAUGUGCAGUAUGGGUUAUUCAAGGAAACAGCUGAUCACCUACUCUACCCAAAUCCUGGAUCAGGAAUGAUACAUGAGCAGCACCUCCAGUUUUUUCAUUUUCUUGGAACUCUUCUUGGGAAGGCCAUGUUUGAAGGGAUCCUUGUUGAUAUACCAUUUGCAACUUUCUUCUUGAGCAAGUUAAAACAAAAGUACAACUAUUUGAAUGACUUGCCCUCAUUGGACCCUGAAUUGUAUCGCCACCUUAUUUUCUUGAAGCAUUUUGAAGGUGACAUUUCAGAGUUAGAACUCUACUUUGUUAUUGUAAAUAAUGAAUAUGGAGAGCAAACAGAGGAAGAGCUACUUCCAGGAGGGAGAAAUAAUGUUACUAAUGAGAAUGUGAUUACUUUCAUUCAUCUCAUCUCCAAUCACCGCUUGAAUUUUCAGAUACGUCAACAGAGUUCUCAUUUCUUGAGGGGUUUCCAGCAGCUUAUACAGAAAGAUUGGAUUGAUAUGUUUAAUGAGCACGAACUUCAGCUUCUAGUAUCAGGUUCACUUGACAGCUUGGAUUUUGAUGACCUAAGACAGCACACCAAUUAUGCUGGUGGCUAUCAUGGUGAACACUAUGUCAUUGAGAUGUUUUGGCAAGUUCUCAAAAGCUUUUCAUUGGAAAACCAGAAGAAAUUUUUGAAGUUUGUGACUGGCUGUUCUCGAGGACCGCUUCUGGGAUUUAGGUAUCUUGAACCUUUAUUUUGCAUACAAAGAGCUGCAGGUGAUGCUUCUGAAGAAGCUCUUGACCGCUUACCAACAUCAGCUACCUGUAUGAAUCUUCUAAAGCUUCCCCCAUACAGGAGCAAAGAGCAAAUGGUGACAAAACUACUAUAUGCCAUAAAUGCAGAAGCUGGCUUUGAUUUGAGCUGAUGGGCCUUGUGCUUCCUGAACAUCAAUUUUAUGCUACCACAUCAAGUAGACAGAACUCCAAAGUUAUUGUACAAAUCAAUGUGCAGCCAUUGCAUUCCGAUAGUGCUGGUGCAACUGGCUGCAAAGAUGGCGAAGCACGGUGAAAACAAGUAAGUAGGGUUGAUAUACAAAGACAAGACCAGCCUUCUGAUUGUGUUUACAUGCGCAUAAAUGGAGACAUCUCCAAUAAUUUUCAAAGGUUGAGCUUUAUACGUGCUGGAAUCUGCUAUAAAUAUUUGGACCCAAUUGCAAGUGGGUUCUUGUGAAGGCAAUCAUCUUGCAAACUUACUUCCCCAAAUAAUGUGUGCUAUAAUAAUGUAAAUUGUGAGUAAUAGCCUAUUAUUGUAAGUAGUCGUUUGCACUUUGUAAUUGUAGAUGCUAAGUAUAUUUGUAGAUGAAAACAAACAAACAAAAAGGCUUUCUUCUCUA